GCGGUGCAUGCCGGGCGCGCCUCAGCCCCCAACAUGGCGUCGCGCUGUCAGCGGUGUGUGUGAGGCGGGCGCGGGACGCGGGGCUGCGGGCGGGCACGGCGGCUCCCGGAGCUCCCCGGAGCGCCGCCGCCGCGGUGGCAACGCGCCGCUCCUCGCUGCUGCCCGCCGCGCCCCGGCUGUCCGGCGCCCAGGCCGCUGGGGACGCGCCUGCCCCCGCCCUGCCCCCGCCAUGGGCGGGUAGCGGGACCCGCCUCGCCUCAGCCCUGCGGAGCCCCCCCGCCCUCCGCGCCAUGGGGUCCCCGGCGGCCGCUUCGGCGGCCGCGGCCACCGACUCGGCGCAGUGGCUGUCGGUGAAGGAGGAGACCAUCUUCCUGCACGACGGGCUGAUCCGGGUCACCGACCUGGCCGAGCUGCCCAGCGAGAUCAUUGGGGUGGCCGAGCCCGGCGACACCGAGCUGGAGAUCCUGACCUUCGAGACCAAGAACCCGACGGAGCUGGCGGAGCGCUUGCGCUCGGUGUGCGGCAACCAGAGCAACGCGUACGCGCGGCUCCUGGAGUACCGGCUGAACGCCCUGCGCGGGCUCUGGAACGCCCAGCGCCAGCUGGCCCUGGAGGAGCAGCACGACCGCGAGAGCUCCGGGGACGAGGAGGCCCUGGCCCUGCUCAAGCGCCAGGGCUUGUUACAGCAGCCGGAGCAGGCUCCCUUCACCUCCCGCAUGGGGCUGCUGCUGGUGUUCCCGCUGAUCCAGUCGCAGAGCAGGACGGACCCUUCGCUGUGUAACAUCACUGCUGAGGUGCUGCUGAAUUGCCUUCGGGACUGCCAGCCCCUGAGCCUGACCAAGGAGCCGGCCGACUGCCUCAACGGGAUCGAGUCGCUGCUCUGCUCCUGGCUGGAGGACACGGCGCCCUCCGGCCAGCACAUCCCUUACAAGCAGAAGGAAAAUGCUGCUGCUGCCCUGGUUGCCUUGGCUUGUGCAAGAGGGUCGCUGAAAACCUUUGUUCAUACAGUGCAUCUAUUACAGAAACAGACUGAGCUGGGGUCCCUGCCUGUGGCUGAUGUUCUCUACAGGUUGUUGCUUUUGGAGGGAGGCCCUGGAUCCCCCUCCUGCCUGCUUGGAGGGAAGCACAUCGUGUCCUGGGGCUUUGAGGACAUGUUACCUGCCCCUGAUGCCAACACUGGUGCCAGCAGUGAGAAUAAAGAUGCAGACCUGGGCCGGUGCCUUGCGGCCGAUGGGCUCUACCUGUACACCACCAAUUCCGUGGGCAGGGGAAUCAGCAAACUGGGGUCAGGCCUGCACGGGACUCUGAGGGGGUUUGUGUACUGCCGGAACGAGGAGCUGGAGACGGGCUGGGUGGCUUUUGGCAAUGGCAAACUCCUCCAUCGGCCCGUGUCCUUUGAUAGCAAACCUCACUACCUGUUCCAGCUCGUGGAUCAACAUACCCUGCAGGUAUGUCAGAUAAUCCCAAUGCCAGUAAAUCACUUCCCAGUUGGCAGCACUAUGACCACCGUGCAUCUUUCUUCAGAUGGCACCUUUUUCUACUGGAUUUGGUCUCCUGCAAGCCUCAACGAAAAAACCCCCAAAGGCCACUCUGUCUUUAUGGAUAUUUUUGAAAUUAUAGUAGAAAAUGGCAUUUGUAUAGCAAAUCCUCUGCAGGAAAGAAUUAUCCUGAUGAGGAAAGAGGGGGAAUCUGCCAAGAGCAUCAAUGAGAUGCUGCUGAGCCGCCUGUCCCGGUACCGCGCCUCCCCCUCGGCCACCCUCGCUGCUCUCACUGGCUCCACCAUCUCCAACACCCUCAAGGAGGACCAGGCAGCUGCCAACACGAGCUGUGGGCUGCCCCUGAAGAUGCUGAGGAAGACCCCAAUCUACACGUGUGGGACCUACCUGGUGAUGCUGGUGCCACCCCCGGGGGGCUCGGGCAGCUCGGCCACGCGCUCGCUCUUCGGGGGCACCAGCGCUUUGUCCUCCUUAAAAAUUCUUGCCUCCAGCCUGGUGUUCAACAUCUCGGAUGGGCAGUUCACCAGCAGGGCAGAUCUCAUCGAUGCUGCGGGCAGCUCGCUCGGACGGGGGGCUCUGGUGCCAGGGCUUGGUGCCUGUUAUGAUACAAUGAAUAACAUGAUCUGGACGUGCUCCAAUGAUUAUAUUGAUCAGUGGUGCAAUCCUGGGAACCAGGCAUUCCACUGUGUGUGCCAGAGGCUGGGAGUGAGUCACGUCAUCACAGAGCCCAAAGGGGAUGCAACAACCACAAAUGAGGUCAUUAACCAGUUACUGCACCAUGUUGGUGCCAUGUGCAUCCACCAACUCAACCUCCUGGCAGCCAGCAACAACCUCCCCAUCAGCAAUUUUUUGGGCAAGCAGCAUCCCAUUGAAGCCCAUCACCUGAGCAGCAUCUGUGACAUUAUGGAAAAGGCCAUGGUCAAUGGAGACACCUGCAUCAUCCGCUGCAUCCUCGUCGUCUUCCAGGUGGUUUUCAAAUUUUUCUUCAGCCCCCAAACUGAAAGGAACAGAGACAUUGUCAGAAGGUCUGGGCUGUUACUGUGGCAGUUACUGAUGGCCCCAAGGGAUCAGAUCUGCUCUGAAAUCCAGAAGGAAGUUUGUCUGGCUAUUAGCUCUGGUUUAAAUAUCCUGUAUCCUGGAGAAGCUGAAAUCAAUAAUUUAUUGAAAUUGGUCUUAACUGAAGGAGAGAGGAACAGUGGCCUCUCCCAGCUCCGGGAUGUCAUCCUGACCAAUUUAGCUGAGCAGCUGCAGAACAACAGAUUUGGAAGUGAAGAUGAUGAUCAUUAUAGACUCAAUGAUGAGCUCUUGCACUACAUCCUCAAGAUUGUUGUCCGAGAAUCUUGUGUCUUAAUCACCAAGUGCCAAACUGUAUCUAAAGAUGACUUUCAAAGGCUUCUUUCAACUGUGCCUGCUGCGUCCUCGUGCUUGCGGUACCUGAUGGCUGUGCAGAACCACCUCCUCAGUAACACUAUUUUGAUUAAACCUGAUGACAAUGAUGACAGUGACAGCUCCUUGCAGGGAGAGACAUUGAAGGUACAGGAACUCAAGACCAGCAUUUUGUCUCUUGCCACACAAAUUCUGACAGGAUGUGAUGAAGUCUUAGAAAUGCUGCAACAAGUCACUACAGCACUAAUUAACAGUGACAUUUCUGACAGGGAGCAAAGGUUAAAAGGCCUGGAGCAGAUCACAAAGGCCACCAUGCUUGGCCACCUGCUGCCUGUGCUGCUGACAUCCCUGAUGCACCCAAACCUGCAGACCCUGACCAUGGCUGAUGCCCUGAUGCCUCAGCUGGUGCAGCUGGUCCUUUACACCAGCCAGACUGCACUGCUGCUUAAAACCCAGUCUCCAGUUUUCUCAGAACUGAACAGUUCCCCCAGUUGUGCUCCAGAGCAGAAAGGGAAGCAGUUACCUGAUGAGAGGAUGCUGGAAGAGAAGGAAGAGCCAGGAUUCCUGACUGGUUUGAAGAUCCCUGCUCCCUGGGCUGCUGGGAAGACUGUGGAGACAGUGCAUCCUGUCAGGGAUAACUAUAAAUUUAAGGAGACUGUCCACAUUCCAGGAGCUCGCUGUUUGUAUCUUAGAUUUGACAACAGAUGCUCCUCCCAGUAUGAUUAUGACAAGUCUAACAGUGUAUUUUAUGUUUUGAAGUUGGUGAUCUAUGCUGGUCCUAGCACAAACAGUAGGAAGGUUGCUGAGUAUGGAGGCAAUACACUGGGAUAUGGCAGCCGUAGUGUCUUAGGAACGGGGUGGCCCAAGGACCUGGUGAAGCUAUGGUGGUUCUUUUUGUUUUACUGUAGUCAGCCAGCAGCAAAAUUAAGUUUUCCACUAAAAGACACCUUUACAAAAGAGCUCUUAAGAUCUAAACUUCUACAAAGGUGCCAGUGGCAGGUGGAAGCCAACGGGGUCAUAUCUCCAGCCCUUACUCCAAGCCCUUCUCCAUUGCCUCUCACCAUAGAGGAGGACAGGGAAUUCACAUAUCCCUCUGAUGUGCUUGUGCCUCCUGUUGGACACUACUUUGACCUGCCCAGGAUUAGGCUGCCCCCAGGAAUCAUGAUCAAGCUCAGGGAAAUUUCUGGACGUGCUCGGCCUCAAUUUAGACCCAGUAUAAAGGAAGUGAUCCAGCCAGAAGUCAUGGAGGAGAUGGUGGUUUCAUGUGUGAUUAAACAUCUCAAUUUGGUUGAUGCUCUCCAGUCCCUGAUAAAUUUCCAGUACCAGGAGGAACAUGCUGAGGAAUAUGAUUUACUUUGUAAAAUUAUGGGAGAGACCUUUAAGAAGCUGAAUGCCAUGGAGAGACAACUGCAGAGUGUGGCUGAGCUGGAGCAGAAGUGGCAGAACGAGGUGGAUGAUGCCAUGCACGGGAAGCUGGAGAACAAUGUCCCCUUUUUUUAUGAUUAUCACUUCAAUGAGAGCAAGAUGAAGGAGCUGGAGCUUCUGUGUUCAAUGAAGGAAGUUUCUUUUGAUGGGAGUGAUCUUGAGAACGUGGUCCUGGCAUUAAGGGAGAAGUUUUUCCAAGAGGUGAAUUCACUGAUCCAGAAGACCUCUCAUCCCUUAGCAAAGACAAAAACCUUGGUGAAGAGCUUGAUGAACAGAGCAGAGCUGUUGUUGCAUGUGACCAUUGCAGCACAGUCUGGGAUCACAAGGAGCAUAUCUGGGACCCCUGCAGAGACUCCAGCCUGUAAAUCAGCCUCUGAGACCAAGGUGAUCUCCCACGCCGUGCGCCAGCCGGUGUUCCUGCGCAGCAUGUCCGCCCCGUCCGACCUGGAGAUGAUCGGCAACGAGGACAUCGAGUUUGCCCGGGCCAGCCAGAGGCGCCGGCAUGUCACCAGCCACAGGAGCAGCUCCUUCACCCUGCUGCAGUCCCUGGCCAUUGAGGACAGCAGGGACAAACCCACCUACAGUGUCCUGCUGGGACAGCUCUUUGCCUUCAUCGGGACAAACCCCGACCAAGCUGUGUCCAGCAGCAGCUUCCUGCUGGCUGCCCAGACCCGCUGGAGACGUGGCAACACCAGGAAACAGGCCCUGGUGCACAUGAGGGAGCUGCUGACGGCCGCUGUGCGUGUCGGGGGCGUCACCCACCUGGUGGGCCCAGUGACAAUGGUGCUCCAGGGAGGGCCAAGGAUUGAAGAGCUGACCUGUGGUGGGAUGGUGGAGCAGGUCCAGGAGGCUUUUGGGGAGACGAUGACGUCGGUGGUGUCCCUGUGUGCCCGGUACCCCAUCGCCUGUGCCAACAGCAUUGGCCUCUUGUGCACCAUUCCCUACACAAGGAGUGAGGAGAAAUGUCUGGUGCGUAGUGGGCUGGUCCAGCUGAUGGACCGGCUCUGCAGCCUGAGCAGCCAGACAGAGUCCAGCUCAAAUGAAAAACAGACCAAGAAACAGAAGGUGGCCACCAUGGCUUGGGCUGCCUUCCAGGUGCUGGCCAACCGCUGUGUGGAGUGGGAAAAGGAAGAAGGGGGUUCCACAGAUGCCGUUCACUCUGGGCUGGCCAGGCAGGUCUCCAGCCUCCUCACCAACCACCUGGCCAGAGCCACUGAGUGCUGUGGCAACCAGGCUGCAGGGAAUGAUGCACUGCAGGAUGUCCUCAGCCUUCUGAAUGACCUCUCAAGGAGUCACAUAGGUAAAGCCAUCCUGAGCCAGCCAGCCUGUGUGUCCAAGCUUCUGUCCCUUCUCUUGGAUCAGCGUCCUUCUCCAAAGCUGGUCCUUAUAAUCCUGCAGUUGUGUCGUGCUGCACUGCCUCUCAUGAGUGUUGAGGACUGUGGAAAUGUGGAAUUGCCUCCCUGGAGUUACUCAGUGCCCUCUCUGAACAGCGAGCAGGAUGAUCCCAGUGACCCAGCCUCCAAGAUUGCCUCCCUGCUGCUGGCAAAGCUGGCAGAUUACGUCGUGCCAGGCUGCCAGACAGUCCUUUCUCCAACUGCCUCUGAGCCAGAUACUACCUUGGCAAAAGCCAGCCCUAAAAAUUCCAUAAAAGGUGAUAAAGAUCCUGGAGAAGAAAGCGAGGCAGUGGAUGGUAAACUCUCUAUUUUUAUCCAUAAAAGAGAAGAUCAGUCCUCCCAUGAAGUCCUUCAGCCUUUACUAAGUAGCUCAGAAGGUCGCCCAUUCCGACUGGGAACUGGAGCCAACAUGGAGAAGGUGGUGAAGAUGGAUCGGGACAUGACAAAAAGUGGCUGCUGUGAAGUCAUUACAGAAGAAGCUGCUGCAGCUCUUAGAAAGGCAACCAAGUGGGCACAAUCUGGGCUGAUAGUGAGUGUGGGGCCACCCAUAGAGACUGUCAAUCCAGAGAGCACCAGUGGCUUGUCCACUGGGGACAAAAAGAAGACUGCACAAACUUCCAUUUGCAGGGAGAGGAAUUCAGAACUCGCCAGGACGGAUCCAGUGAGGCCGUUCAUCAGCGGGCACGUUGCAAACAGCAUGGCAGCAGAGGUGAUUGCCCUGCUGCACAGCCUGCUCAUGGCCCCAGAGUCCAAUGCAGCCCAGAUCUGGACAACAACUGCUGAAAAAGUUCUGUCUCGGGCUCUGAUGUACAUUCCACAGCUUGGGAAAUAUGCAGAGAGCAUUUUGGAGAACGGGAGUAGCAGUGGAAGGAAACUGGCUAAACUUCAAAGGAUUGCUCGGCAGGCAGUGGCUGCCCUGUGUGCUUUGGGUGGCUUUAAGGAGACAAUUAAAAUAGGUUCUGAAGUUCAGGUUUUAGGCAAAGGAAUAGCAGGAAGCAUUGGAGUUGUGGCAUCUAUUAAUGAGCAAGAAGGUAUAGCCACGGUCAAAUUCCCACCCACCACUAUAGACACUAGAAAGACCUCCCAGGCAUCAGACACUUUAACUAUUCCAUUAUCUAGGCUCUGUGUUCCAAGAUCUGAGGCAUUGCCUCUUCAUAAACUGUCCAUUACUGAGAAGGUAGUACAGGCAGUCCAGUCCAUGUUGCUCCCUCAGGAGGGAAGUCUCUCUAUUCACACCUCACUUCCUGCAACAGGAGAUGGCUCAACCCCAGUAAUGGCAGUGGUCCGGCUCCUUGCUGAAAUAAGAACCAGAGCAUGCCUGGUGAUGGCUCAGCUGUUGGAAGACAGCUCAUUCUGUGAAGAAUUCAUUCAACAGUGCCCAGCUGCUGUAGAAGUUCUGAAUUUGGUGGCCCAGGAGUGCAGCCCUGGGGAGAGGCUGGUGGUUGUGGAGAUGCAGUGUGAGAGGUUACGGAUGCUGUACCGGGACUGUGCUCGGCCCCCUCCUCCUCCCCUGCAAGCAGACAGGAGACAGCCCAAAGAAAUCACGUGGAGCCCAUCCAGGGUGUUCCCCCCAGUGAGAGCCUGCAUGUUCUCCUCACACCUCACUGCUGUGACCUUCCUGGCUGAUCCCAGUGCAGGUGGGGGACUUCCUCGGGGCACCUUUAUCUAUGCCACCUCCCCAGUGCCAGUACAGGCACCAUCAUUCUACUGGGAAAUUGAAGUGGUUUCCUAUGGAGACACAGAUGAUGACACUGGGCCAAUAGUUUCCUUUGGAUUUGCCACAGAGGCAGAGAAACGGGAUGGGGCUUGGACAAACCCAGUGGGCACCUGCCUCUUUCACAACAAUGGGCGAGCAGUGCAUUACAAUGGCUCCAGCCUGCUGCAGUGGAAGAGUGUCAGACUGGAUGUGACUCUUUCCCCUGGUGAUGUAGCAGGAAUUGGAUGGGAAAGAACAGAAGGAACUCCCCCUCCUCCAGGGCAGCCAGCAAAGGGCAGAGUUUAUUUUACAUAUUGUGGGCAGAGACUUGUGCCCUACCUAGAGGAUGUGUCUGGUGGAAUGUGGCCAGUUGUCCACAUUCAGAAAAAGAACACCAAGGUGCGGGCGAACUUCGGCUCGCGGCCGUUUGCCUACGCCGAGGGCCAGGCUCACCGCAACGCCGCCGACCUGUGCCUGGACCUGGCCGAGGAGAUCAGUGCCAACUUCGAGGCCUUGCCCUUUGCCAUGGCCUCUGACAGUGACAAUGACGCUGGCACCAGCAUCGCCUCCGACCCUGGCACCCACGGGCCCCCCUGCAGGAUCGCCGCUGUCGCCACGGCUCAGCAACAGUAUGACAGUGACACAUCCUGCCACUAUAAAAUGGAGCUGAGCUAUGAAAACUUUAUCACCUCAGGCCCUGAUCCUCAUCCCCCUCCUAUUGCAGAUGAUGAAAGUGAUGAUGAUGAUGACGAUGAUAUUCCCAGGGAGGAUCACUAUGCCCUCUUGGUCAAAGCCUGGGAAACUAAGGUUUUCCCUACAAUUAGAAGAAGAUUCCGUAAUGAGGCUGAGAGGAAGUCUGGGCUGGAUCAGAUUAAAGGAGCUUUACAGUUAGGAAUGGUUGAUAUAGCAAGGCAAACUGUUGAAUUCCUGUAUGAGGAAAAUGGAGGCAUCCCAAGGGAUCUCUACCUUCCCACCAUUGAGGAUAUCAAAGAUGAAGCAAACAAAUUCACAAUUGAUAAAGUACGGAAAGGUCUCACCGUGGUGACUCGCUCUCCUGACAGCAACAACGUCACCAGCAGUGCUGUAGGAACAGCUCUGCCCAAAUUUGCCAUUCGGGGCAUGCUGAAGACAUUUGGUCUUCAUGGGGUUGUCCUGGAUGUGGACUCGGUGAAUGAACUGGUCCAGGUGGAGACUUACCUGCGGAGUGAGGGGGUCCUGGUGAGGUACUGGUAUCCCAUUGACAUGUUGGAAAGGCCACCUGCAGGGUACAGGAGGACUGCAACCAACGGAUUGGUCACCCUGGAUAACACCAACAUCCAAAUUCACAGGGAGCUGUUGAGGAGUGAAGCUGCCCUGGCCAAGCUCUACUGUCGCAUGGCUCUGCUCAAUAUUUUUGCUCCCAAAUCUCCCCACAUGUUCACCCGGCUGUUCCACAUUCCUGCCAUCCGGGAUAUCACCCUGGAGCACCUGCAGCUGCUCUCCAACCAGCUUCUUGCACCACCUCUUCCUGAUGGAACCAUCAGCUCAAGCUCCAUUCUCCUGGCCCAGUCCCUGCAGCACUGCAUCCAUUCCCAGACCUGUGCUGCCACAGACCUCUUCUACCAGGGCAAUUCCCAGGCCAUCAGGGAGUGGCUCACCGUGGCCAUCACUCGGACACUGCAUCAGGGAGAGGAGAGUCUCUUGGACCUCACCAAACAGAUCUGCUCCUUUCUGCAGGCGGCACCAGAACAAUUUCCUGCUGAAGAAUUCCCAAUUUCUGAAUCCAAGGUCAACAUGGAUGUGAAUUUUCCUGGGGCUGCCUUUGUGAUUGUGUCCUGCAAGGAAAGUCAGUCUGGGUUCCGAAAAGACUCAUCCCUGUACAAGGCCCCCUGGGCUCGGGUGCUGGUCUAUGGGCUGGGGCACAAGGUGAAGAGGAACGGGCAGCUGAACCUGAUCGAGGCCGUGUGCUACCCCCGCGAUGCCUCCCCCACCAACACCGGCCUCACGCCGCCCCCCACCACCAACCAGUACCCAGCUGUCAUCACCCCCACGGACAGGGUGCACAUCAAACUGGGAGUAUCUCCUCCUCCUGGAGCUGUACUGGUCUUGCAUUCCCUUCCCCUGGAAUUCCCCCUGGCAAUGGCAUUCACAGAACAGCUCUUAACCUGGAAAUUAGAAGAUGGGGAUGGAAAAUCUGAAGAUGAACUGGAUACCAUUCCUGCCUCAGUUCUCUUGCAAGUAGUGGAAUUUUUAGGCAACUUCCUCUGGACAACUGACAUGGCAGCGUGUGUGAAGGAAUUGAUCUUUCACCUCCUGGCCGAGCUGCUUCGCAAAAUCCACAAUCUGGAGCAGAAGAAGAAUCCAGCAGGAUUGUCCUCAUCCAUCGCCCUGCAGCUCAACCCCUGCCUGGCCAUGCUGAUGGCCCUGCAGUCAGAGCUGCACAAGCUCUACGAUGAGGAAACCCAGAACUGGGUGUCUGGGAAUGCCUGUGGUGGCUCUGGGGUUGGAGUGGCCGACCAGGGAAGAUUCUCCACGUACUUCCAUGCCCUGAUGGAAGUGUGCCUGGCUGUGGCAGAAGUCACCUUGCCCAUCAACAUGAGCGUGACAGCCAAUGUGAUCUCAUCCACCAGUGCCCCAAAUCUUAGUGACUCCUCCUCCUCGUCCUCAUCUUCCCCAGGGCAGACACCACAGAGCCCGAGCUUGCUGUCCAAGAGGAAAAAAGUCAAAAUGAAGCGGGAAAAAACCUCAUCUUCAGGGAAAAGAGCUUCAUCCAGGGCGGCCGAGACGGACGCGGCGCUCCUCAGCAUCGGGGGCAGCAAGCCUGAGGACAUGCUGUGGUUCCACAGAGCUCUGACCCUGCUGAUAAUCCUCAGACACCUGACAAAGAAGGACCCCCAGGGGCUGGGUGUGACCAACGAUGCCGUGGCAGACGCCUGCCAGGCCCUGGUGGGACCCACGGCCCACAGCCGCCUGCUCGUCAUCUCCGGCAUCCCCACGCACCUGGAGGAGGGCACGGUCAGGAACGCCAUCAGGAAGGCCUGCAACGCCCACGGGGGAGUCUUCAAGGAUGAGAUCUACAUCCCUUUGCAGGAAGAGGAUCCCAAAAAAACCAAGGACAAAGCAGAAGGAGGAGAGUGCAGGACGGAGCUGGAGAAGCCGACAGUUUCCAGCAGCGCUGACAGUUUGGACAUCAGCAGCUCCAGCAGCGUCACCCCCGCCAUGAGCGUCAGCGCCUCGGCUUCCACCAGCCAGGCUUCCCUCUGCAGCUCCCAGGGGAUAUCCCGCACCGUCAGCGACAUCUCCGUGGACCAGUUCCAGGCAGGGCUGGAGCUGCCCAUCCCGCCCGGAUUGCUGGAGCAGCCUCACGUGGUGUCCAGCCAGGAGAGUUUGGAUCUUUCCCACUGCAGCACCGGGAGCCUGGGCAGCCUGGGCAGCCUCGGGGAGCCCCUGGACAACGUGGAGACGGCGUCGGUGUCGGACGUGGGCUCCAUGUACACGGUGACGUCUCUGGACAAUCAGCCGCUGCUGGCACGGCCCAUCAAGGGCUUCGCCGUGGUGGAGAUAAGGUCAAGAGCUAAAAUAGAGAAAAUUCGAGCCAGCCUCUUCAACAGCAGUGACCUCAUUGGCUUGUCCAGCCUGGAUGGGGAGGAUGAGCUCAUGGAGAUGUCAACUGAAGAGAUUUUAACUGUUUCCACUGUAAAUCAGAGUUUGUUUGACACCCAGGGGAGCCCAGCACUAGAAGAUUAUUUCAAUGAUAAGUCAAUAAAAGGUGAAAAACUGGUCCCAGGUGCUCGGGAAGUUCUCACAGAGAUCUUUAAAAGCUGUGUCCAUUCGGAACAAAUGCUGAGCCUGACCCCAGCCAAGCCCAUCAAGGUGGCUGACAUUUACCUCAGCAAGGAGCAGAUCAAUUCCCAAACCCCUGGGAACCUCCUCCACGUCUUCUUCACCAACGUCCGCCCUCCCAAGAAGGUGCUGGAGGACCAGCUCACCCAGAUUUUAAGGAAAUAUGGAGUUCCCAAGCCCAAAUUUGACAAGAGCAAGUACAACAAGGCAGGCAAGGAGCAGCACCCGGUGAAGGUGGUGAGCACCAAGCGCCCGGUCACCAAACCCCCCACCAAGGAGAAGUCCAUGCUCAACAGUGUCAGCCGAACAGCCUUAAGUGAGAAGAAACCCACUGUAAAGCCCAAAUCUCCUGAGAAGAGCAAACCUGAGGAGAAGGACCCUGAGAAGUCUCCCACUAAGAAACAGGAAGUUCCUGAGGAGAAGUACCUGACCCUGGAUGGGUUUCACCGGUUCGUGGUGGACCGCUCCAAGCAGGACAUCCGGAGCGUGUGGAGAGCCAUCCUGUCCUGUGGCUACGACCUGCACUUUGAGAGGUGUGCCUGCAUCGACGCCCGACACGCGCAGAAGGCGUCGCGCAAGUGGAGCCUGGAGAUGGACGUGGCGCUGGUGCAGUACAUCAACCGCCUGUGCCGCCACCUGGCCAUCACCCCCGCCCGCCUGCACCCCCACGAGGUGUACCUGGACCCAGCUGAUGCUGCAGAUCCCAGGAUUUCCUGUCUCCUGAAUGUCCCCGUGGAGAGCCUGAGGCUGCGCUUUGCCCUGCUGCAGUCCCUCAACACCACCCUGGAGACUUUCUUCCUGCCGCUGGUGGAGCUGCGCCAGACCGAGAUGUACGGGAACAGCAUCGCUGCCUUGCUGCAGGAGGCCAAAGGUUUAAUCUUUUAUGACACAAAAGUCACUGUCAUGAACAGAGUGCUCAAUGCCACUGUCCAAAGAACUGCUGACCACGCGGCCCCAGAAAUCACCCUGGAUCCCCUGGAGAUCGUUGGAGGGGAGAUCCGUUCCUCUGAGAAUUCCUACUUCUGCCAGGCCGCGCGGCAGCUGGGCUGCGUCCCCUCGUCCCAGCUCUGCGUCAAACUGGCCAGCGGGGGCGACCCCACCUACGCCUUCAACAUCCGCUUCACCGGGGAGGAGGUGCACGGCACCAGUGGAUCUUUCCGUCACUUCCUUUGGCAAGUGUGUAAAGAGCUCCAGAGCUCCUCCCUCUCCCUGCUCCUGCUGUGCCCCAGCUCUGCUGUCAAUAAGAACAAGGGGAAGUACAUCCUGACCCCCAGCCCCAUCACCUACGCCGAGGAGCAGCUGUUCCAUUUCUUUGGGCAGCUCCUGGGCAUCGCCAUCCGAGCCGAUGUUCCUCUGCCCCUGGACCUCCUGCCCUCCUUCUGGAAGACCCUGGUGGGAGAGCCCCUGGAUCCUGACGUGGAUCUGCAGGAAGCUGACAUCCUCACCUACAACUACGUCAAAAAAUUUGAAAAUAUCAGUGACGAGACGGAGCUGGAAGCUCUGUGUGCCGAAAUCGCCUCCCAGCACCUGGCCAUGGAGAGCCCCGACUGCCCCAACAAACCCUGCUGCAAAUUCACCUACCUGAGCCUCACUGGGGAGGAGGUGGAGCUGUGUCCCAGGGGCAGGCACAUCCCUGUGGGGUGGGAGAACAAGGACGUGUACGCAGCCGCCAUCCGGAGCCUGCGGAUGCGGGAGCUGCAGACCCCGGAGUGCAUGACAGCAGUGAGGGCAGGGCUGGGCUCCAUCAUCCCCCUGCAGCUCCUGACCACACUCACCCCCCUGGAGAUGGAGCUGAGGACCUGUGGCCUUCCUUACAUCAAUCUGGAAUUCCUCAAGGCACACACCAUGUACCAGGUGGGACUGAUGGAGACCGACCAGCACAUCGAGUUCUUCUGGAGCGCCCUGGAGAUGUUCACUCAGGAGGAGCUCUGCAAGUUCAUCAAGUUUGCCUGUAACCAGGAGAGGAUCCCCUUCACCUGCCCCUGCAAGGACGGCGGCCCCGACACCGCCCACGUCCCCCCCUACCCCAUGAAAAUCGCCCCCCCCGACGGCGCCGCAGGUUCCCCGGAUUCCCGGUACAUCCGAGUGGAGACGUGCAUGUUCAUGAUCAAGCUGCCGCAGUAUUCCUCGCUGGACAUCAUGCUGGAAAAGCUCCGUUACGCCAUCCACUACCGGGAGGAUCCGCUCAGCGGCUGAGCAGGAGCAGGGGAUGCCUGGAGGUGACUCCGUGACUCUGCCCAGUGGAACCCCUUCAGUUCCCAUCCAGCACCUCCCGUGGGAUGAGCUGGGGGUUAAUUUAUUUCCUGAACCUUCGUUCCCAUUACAGUAAUUCCCGGAAGACUUCCAUUUUGUAUUCGUAGACUUUGUGGUGGACUGGUUCUUUUGCUGCCUUGUUUGUGGAAUAUUUGUAGGAUAGUUUAGUAAAGACCGGUUUGUGUAUAAUUUAAUUUGGGGGAAAAAACCUUUCCACCUGUACAUUUCUAAUUUUGUAAUCCACAAUGGUCUGCCCUGUGCAAACACCACUGGCAGGGAGGGCAUUCCGAGGCCGGGAGCCCUCGGAGGGGAAGGCUCAUGGAUCGCUCUCCCCGAGAGGUUUUUGAGUACAAAAGUGCCAGGUUUGGGUGUGGGGAGGGAAUCACUGCAUGGGCAGGUGCAGAGCACAGGCAGGAUUUGUGGCACUUGCUUGAGGUUUGAAGCAGAACUUUGCUGCCAAACUGCUUUUCCACCUUUCCACCACUUUCCUUGAAAUUUUUCUAAACUCUGACCAAGCACAUGGGGGCUGCCACAGGGAACUGGGGGGUUCAGCUCAACACUUUUGGGAAAAUUUCCAAUAGAACAGUGAAAGGGUUGUGAUUCCAUUGGUUCCUGCCCUAGAUGUUCUUGAAUGUCUGCUUUGCUUAGCAACAAAAUAAUUUAUUGUAAUUAAAAUGUGAGCAGAACAAAACAGCUUCUCUCCAAAGGGUGUAAGAUAUCACAGUCCAUCCCAAAAAUCCGGGACUUUAUCCCAUUUCCCAAUGAGCUCUCAGAACAACCAGGGGGUGCUCAAACACCUGGAACUUGUUUUUGUACUCAAAAAUCUUUGAUCCAAGAGCAAAUUAUCUUAAAAACUUCUGACACCCGGCAGGAGGGUGAAGUCACCCGUUGGAAGAUAAAGCUCCUGUUCUGUGUGGAAAGCUGGGAGGCAGCUGCGGAGCAGGAACAACGCCACGUUCCACUGGUGUUCCGUGGAACGUUCUGGAUGGUUCAGAGCAGCCCCUCCACAGGUGUCUCAUCCCUCAGCAGGAUUUCUGGGACACUCCAGCUCUGCUGAUCCCUCGGAUCCUGAAUUCUGAGGAAGAGACCGUCCCAGAAUCCGUCGGUGCUGUCCGUGAGCCGAGUGCCGGCGCGGAGCCGCCCGGGAGGCUCUGGCUGAGGUGACUGAACCUUCAGCUCGGUGUCCCCUGGCUGCAGAACAGCUCCCGGGAAUCCCAGAUGUAUUUAUUGUACAUUAUUGUGAAUAGUGGGAACGCUGAGCGCGUGGGAUGCGGGAGAGGCGUGUGAGUUCGGGAUGGGUGUCCUUGUUCUUCCGUGAGCGAGUGGGAAUGGGAAUGUGUGUGCAGCACUCGUAGGUAGUCGUCGGCAUCCGGAGUCUCCCAACCCCGUGGUUAGGAAGCUGUUACCCUCCCAAUGCAUAUUGCCCUGUCCAGGGAACGGAUCCGUGUAGGAAGAAUAUUUACUCUUGAAUCUCGUCCAUUUCUUGGUAGAAGCGUUUAUGUAGCUCAGAAACCACUCGGAGCAAGCGGGAACACCUGGAGUUUACAAAGACCAAGGGAAAAGGAAGCCGAAGGGGCGGCUUGGAGCCGGUUUGUUCCCAGGCAGGAAAGGUGGGGAACGCCGGCUGGAUUCCAUGGCAGAGCUGUGGCCCCGGGCUGGGCUCUCUCUGGGCUUCUCCUGGGCUCCAAUCCCGAAAUGCCGAGGGGCCAUCCCAGAGGGCUCCGUGUGCCAGCGGUUCCCAAGGCUCCAGUUCCAGCUGUGAGUAAGAAACUGCUGCUGCUGUGUGUGUGCUCCUUUGGGAAGCACAUCCGAGUGGAGCACACCUGCACCCGGCCCCGGGCGUGUGCUGGAACGUUACUUGAUCCGUAUUUAUUACAGUUAAUUAUUUAUGAUUACAAAUAACGAACUUCUCGUCGCUGCCGUUUGCACCUGGGGGUGUAAAUGAAGCUUCUUCUACAGGACAAAUGUCGCACCAAUAACCAACUUCCAUCGACUUCGGUUUGUUCUGGAGAACAGGAUGAACCCCACAAGAGGAAUUGUGGGAGAUUUUUGGCUUUUUUUUUUUUUUAAUUCCAUGCUCCUGGGAAGGAAGUGCUGCAGCACCUCAGCUGUGGCUCAAAUGGCCUUUUAAUUAAAGCUUUUCUAAUCAUCCUUAAUUCCUCGUGCUUUAAAUGAACUUGACAUUGUCUGUACUAGGCUUGUUUGUCGAAGCAAAGAUUGGUUUGUGAUGAUUAUUAUUAUUUUUUUUAAUAUAUAUUCAUUCAGAAUGUAAAAUUAUACUAAACAAUGGAAAAACUCUGGAGCUGGGUAUUAGUUCUAGCUUGGUGUGUGUCCAUCUCGGUUCCAUACACGGCAUUAACCUGUAAGUGCUCUUGGCCAUCGAGUGUACACCUGCAUAAAGGAGAUUCUUAACA